AUGGGCCCCUGUACCGCCUCCCCAUGCUGCUGCCAGGCCCGUAAUCUGCCAUGGGCCCCUGUACCGACUCCUCAUGCUGCUGCCAGGCCCGUAAUCUGCCAUGGGCCCCUGUACCGCCUCCUCAUGCUGCUGCCAGGUCCAGAGUGUGUCAUGGGUCCCUGUACGGCCUCCCAUUGCUGCUGUCUCUAUCGCCACACUCUGCCAUGUGCCACUUUCAGGUCUCCUCACACUGCUGGUGGUUUCCAUUUUUGUCAUAGGGUGCUGUAUGGCCUCCCAUUGCUGCUGCCUCCACCGCCACACUGUGGCUCCACACUCUGGUUUUGGCCCCGUGACUGCCCAAAUGAGUGAAGUGUGCGGUGAUUCUAAGAUCGACGGCACUCAUCUGCAUGUCAUACUGACUGACAGUAUUAUUUCUCUUCCCCAGCAGACUCCAAGGGCAUUUAAAUUAAAGGUACAGUGUUCUGCACUAAUAUUA